GUUGCAAGUGCCGUAAAACUCUUACUAAAACUUUAAAAAACUAAACCCAUCCCCAGAGAGCGCAUGGACUCGGACAACUCCCGCACCGACUCGGUGUCCUCCGCCAGUGGCAUCAGCACAGACAGCCGGAGACACGUGACCCCCGUCAUAGACAUGAAGCCCAUCGAGUUCUGGACCGCCAACAGGGAAAGCGUACAGCCCCGCUCCAAACGCCGGCUCCCCAGCGAGAGUGAGAUAAGUCUGGAGAACUUCCAGAAAGAUCUGUACGAGGUGGAGCAGGAGGAAGAGCCUUGUCUGACAGACGAGGAGAAGCUGGCGCAGUUCCAGUUGGGACAGCUACACUUUGGGCUUAGCUACGACCUCACUUCUAAGUUAUUCGUUGUCAAAAUUAUCGAAGCCAAAGAUCUCCCUCCCCCUUACUGCAUGGACGAUUCCAAACAAGAUAUGGCGCAUUCGAAUCCGUACUGCAAGAUAUCGCUACUGCCCGACCAGAAAGCCUCUCAACAGACAACUGUACAAAGGAAAACUCAAGAACCCACGUGGAACGAGUACUUUAGUUUUGAUAUCGAUUACACGGAGGCACAGGAGAGGACUUUGGAGAUUCUGAUCAAGGAUUUCGACAAGUUCUCUCGUCAUCAGCUCAUCGGGAAGGUUCUGUUACCUCUGAAUACCGUCAACUUGAUAAAGGGAGGACAUAUGUGGAAGCCUUUGUCGCCUGGCAACAAGGUGAGUGGUGAUGAGAGAGAGGGGGGAGAGAGAGGGGGGAGGGCCUAG